AUGCACGUUGCCGACUUAAAAGUUCAGUCGGAUCUUCUGGAUCCUUCUUUUGAUGGUUACAAGCUGUCUUUGGAACCAUUACCGACUUACAAGUCUGACUUAGUCAACGAUUUGGACAUUGCUUCCCUGACAGACAAGCAAUAUUCCUACCAACACAUCAAAGCAUUUGGAUGCCAUAAUCAUCUACUAAUUGACCAAUGGGCAGUCCAGACUGGAUGUUAUGUAAUCUACUUUAUUGAUAAAGACUGGAAUGUACGGUGUGUGGAACUUACCAUGCAGGAUGGAAUCCAACCUCGAUUGGUAAAUGUCCACUCUCCAUUUCAAGUCUUGAACCCGAGUAACUUGCGACUGGUGCCAGGAAGACACAAUGUCAGUAUGAGUUUUCCUGCACCUGAUUGGGCUGUUAUUGCAGAUGGAGCAGGAACGCUUCAUCUUGUGGAAACUGGGCCUCGUUUUGGUGCUCGAGCUGGCCACUCUAAUUGGCAGGUACGAUUCUCUAAGUCUGAUGUGCUGGGUGAGAAUCGAGGUUCCUUUGUGCUUUGUGAUGCCGUUAUGCAUUCAGAUAAUGAAGGACAUCAUACUGAAUGUCUCUUGUUACAUGUGGAUGAAGCAGAUGAAGAAAUGAAAGACAAGUCAAGUGCAACUUUUAUGACUGUCCUUGAAUGGCUUAGCCUAACUUCACAGGAUAAAAAAAUUUGGUCUGUGAGCCGAACAAGGCGUCUGCGCAGCUCCCGUUCAGCUGACUGCUGUUCAUUUGAGAGGAAUGGUGAAGCUCUUUACGUGGCUGGUGAAAGAGCUUUCAAUUUAAUCUAUGACUCAGCCUGUCCAGUUGCCGACUCAGAAAAUCAUGACCAGCCUUCAGAUGGUCAAGAUUCAAGUGUUCUGCCUGAGUACACAUGGUUACAGACUACAGACUCUGUCUCUGUGAACUUCACCCUGCCAGAAGGUACCGCCAAAGAGGAUAUAUACAUGACACUUCAUCAACACUACAUGGAUGUUGGAAUAAAGAAUGGACAGGUUCUACUUUCUGGGGACCUGCAUGCUGGUGUGGAAGUAGAAUCAAGCACAUGGACCAUAGAAACCAACAAAUUGAAAGUCCAUCUUCAUAAAAAGGAACCAAACAUGUGGCCAUUGGUCAUCAUUGGCAACACAAAAGGAGAAAUGGUAAUGAGUGAGGAGCAAGUGGCUGAAAUUCAUCAAAGACUAGAACAUCUCACAGCUGAACAAUGGAAUGCCAAUCCUGAAGUAAACAAAGAAAAACCAUACAAUGCCCAAGAACUGGAAGACUGUGAUGCCUACCCUGAUAUGCAGUCUAUGCUUGUACGAAUAGAAGGAGACACACACAAUAUAACUCAUCAGGCCUACCUGGGAAGUCAUCAGUGGCUGUUCAACACUUUCACUGAUGUAGAAAAAUCACUCGCCAUCUGUCUACGUCAUGAUGUUGAUGGGUUAAUAUGGCAGCUAGGUGCUGGGGACAGCAGUGAAGCUGCAACUGCUCCCUGGCGUCACAUUGCAACUUUCAAUGCCUUUGGGUAUGUGCAGGCUUCUAAGCAGCAAAAGAAAUAUUCUGCAUGCCCACCAGACUUUUCUUAUGCAGCAGUUUGUGAUUGCACACGUCAUACGUAUAUCUACAGGCAACCUGCAGCCAUUAACACCCCAUUAAGGAAUCGCAAGACCGGUCGCCAAGUGAUGGCAAUUGCUAAGCAACAAGUUCUCUCCUUGGAAGGAGCAGAGGAGAUUUUGGGUGUACAAGCCACUAAUAAAUUCCUCUUUAUCCUCACCCCACGCAGACUCCAUGCUGUAAAUAUGGAAAGAGCAGGCCCUUAG